AUGGGAAUUAACAUGAUAAAGGAACAAAUGUAUUUGCUAUUUUUGCACCCAUUGUCCAUCCUUCUCUUCUUCAUUUUUACAUUCUUCCUCUAUAAAUGGCUCCGUCUCAAUGCAACCAUAAGAAAAAACUUUCCCCCAUCUCCUCGAAGGCUACCAAUAUUGGGGAACCUUCACCAACUCGGCAAAUACCCUCACCUAACUCUUCAAUCCCUGUCUCAGCAACAUGGUGACCUUAUGUUGCUUCACCUUGGCAGCAAGCCAACUCUUGUUGUAUCAUCUGCAACUGCUGCUCGAAAAAUCAUGAAAACAAAUGAUAUCAUACUCUCUAACAGACCUCAGUCAAUAAUUAGCAAAAAACUAAUAUACAACAGAAAAAAUGUUGCAGGUGCUCCUUAUGGAGAAUACUGGAGACAGAUGAAAAGUAUAUGCGUGCUCCAGCUUUUAAGUAACAACAGAGUUCGAUCAUUUCAGCAUGUAAGAAAAGAAGAAGUAGCCCUAACAAUGGACAAGAUUAGAAAAUCAACAUCAGCUGUGAAUUUGAGUGAAAUAUUUAUGACAUUUACAAGCGACGUGAUAUGCAGGGUGGCCUUUGGGAGAAAAUACAGCGGAGAAGAAGGUGGUGCAAAGUUCAAGGAAUUGCUUAAGGAGUUUGUGGAGCUUCUAGGUACAUUUACAGUGAGUAACUUUAUACCCUGGAUGGCUUGGAUUGACAAACUGAACGGGUUGCACAGCAAGAUGAACAAACUUGCCAUAGAGUUUGAUGAUUUUCUAGAGGGAAUAGUUGCAGAGCACAUGGAUCAACAAAACAAGGAAGGAAAUGGUACAGCAAGUGAGAAAGAAAGAACGAAAGAUUUUGUGGAUGUUCUACUCCAGGUUCAAACGGAUAACACAGCUGGUUUUCCCAUUGGUAAAGACAGCAUCAAAGCUCUCAUAUUGGACAUGUUUGCUGGUGGGACUGAUACAACAUAUACUGUCUUAGAAUGGGCAAUGACAGAGCUUCUGAGGCAUCCUACAGUUAUGAAAAAACUGCAAGAAGAAGUGAGAAAUAUUACCAGCGGACAAGCAGAUGUAUCAGAAGAGGAUCUGGAAAAUAUGAAGUACUUGAAGGCAGUGAUCAAGGAGACACUUCGACUACAUCCACCAAUUCCAUUGUUGGUGCCUCGUGAAUCAACUCAAGAUGUCAAAAUCAAUGGCUAUGAAAUUGCUGCGGGGACACGAGUCAUAACCAAUGCUUGGGCAAUUCAUCGAGAUCCAGCAACUUGGGAAGAGCCCGAGGAGUUCCAUCCAGAAAGGUUCUUGAACUCUUCAAUAGAUUUUAAAGGCCAAGAUUUCGAACUAAUUCCAUUCGGGUCCGGCAGGAGGGGCUGUCCAGGGAUCUUAUUUGCCAUAGCCAACAAUGAGCUUGUGCUAGCAAAUCUCUUGAAUAAGUUCAACUGGGCAUUACCUGGGAAAGAAAAAAUCGAGUCUUUGGAUAUGAGACAACGUACUGGGCUUACAAUCCACAGAAAAAUUCCUCUUCUCGCUGUUGCAACUCCUCAUACUUGCUAGUAGUAUGAAAACAUAAUGUGCAUGGAAUAGUAAUCAGAACUAGGAUAAUACAUUAACGCACAGGUGGAGUAGCAAAAUGAUUCAUUUGAUGCAAGUACACAUAAUAAUAGAAGAAAUCUAACAUGUCUUGUGACAUUGAGUAAUAAAAAUAAAGGAUGACCCAUGCCUGGGCUAUUUAUGGA